CACCCUCACUUCAAAGUUUGAAACAUCGAUGCCAUGCUUUCACAUAUAAAGAAGAAAAUCCAAGGAAUGACUGACUUACUUCUAUCAAGGUCUCAGGGCCACUUCCAGGGAGACCAGCCAGUUGACUAGUACUUACCUGUUUAACAUCCACUACACUCACUCGGUAUGUCGAGGACCUGUGUAUCGUGUCGAUCGAAUGCUUGCUGUUGCGUGCCGACAACUACAAUCUCCCCCUCGGCGGACUGGAAGGCUCGUUCGAAAACUGUUUCAAAAAACGCGCGCAAUGGUUUGUUUGCACCACGCGUAUGUUACAUCAUGCAUGGCAUGCUGGUCAUGAUCCACAUCGUCCUUCUUUUCUUCUAUGUCCGUCACUGGGAACACCAUGUAACUUUCGCUUUCACACCAACAAACAAUGAUUUCUGGCCUGUGGUGCUUAGUGCUUCACUGCAAGCGUUUUAUACCAUAUACACGGCUGUUCUGCUCUUCUUUACCCAACGGCUUGCGAUUUCAAGAACACUCGUACGCCGUGUGAAAUUGACGGCCGUUCAUGACAUCUCUGGCGCGUGGGCGGGUCUCGGUUCUGCACUCACUGGUGUCUGGCGACAAACUGACAUCCCUGCCUCAUGGUGGACGACUUCCGCUGUGGCAGCCUACCUUGCGAGCAUAACCGUGCUCCAUGUCACCUCUUCUACUCUCCUACAGUUUCAAACCUUCAAUGCUUCUAUGACGACUUCGGUACCCACAACACUAGGAUGGCUAGACGAUUCGUCGUAUAGCUAUUUAACGGACCUGGGACCCAUUACCACAUCCCUACCAGUUGUCAAUCAUUUGACUGGACUCGUGUCCGCAGGGUUGUCCAACACCACACUCUACGACACCCUCAAAACAACCGUUAUAGCUGGGAAUGCGACUGUGAACGCAACGACGGUAGCCUCGAGUUGCGGAUUGGUUCCAAAUGUGAAAUACUCUGCCAAUACCAGCACAGCGAUCGUUCCGUUUGGGCCAGUUGCCACUCGCGUGCUUAAUGCGAGCACUCUCUGGUCAGAUCAGAUACAUAUAAUUCCAUGGAUGGAAUAUGAAGAUUCUUACGGUGGCGUCUCGGAGCUUCCUGGUGUCUAUCUCAUGGUCUCCACAUUAUUGGGGAUCGACCCUUCAGUACAAGAUGAGGUUGCUGUAAACAUGACUUGGGCUAUCCCUGACAUUGCCACUCCAUACGUCAUCCAGGUCUAUUUCGUAUAUUGCUCGCUGUCAGCGAACACUACAGAUGGGGUAGUCAACAUGCAAACCAACAGCCUACUGAGUCCUGCGUCCAUAUCGCAGCCAUCCACGCAAUGGGAAAUGUAUCACUUCGGGUGGUCGAAUACUAGUUGGCAAACACAGAUCGGCAGUGCUUUAGCUACCCCGGAUAGCAGCAGCGGGAUUACAUUUGAUGGUACACCUUCACAAAUCACCGAACUCUCUGUUGCGGACGAGUAUAUCAUGUCGUUGAUAGGCUUGAAUCUCACCGAGGAAUCUACACAAUUCCGAGACAAUUCUCCUCCAAUCUCUAAUUUCACUUUGAGACCGGAUGAACUAGAAUUCGCGGUUGCGAGAGCAGCUGCACAACUCAUCUGGCUAGCGGGACAAAUGGGCACAGCCAAUGGAGGAAUUGACCCUGGCAACGGGACAGCUUAUGUGAACGAGGAGUUUAUUGCCCUACGCCUCAACAUCAACCUUCUUCCUUUGGCUUUCGCGGCAUCUGCAUCGGUGAUAAUGUUGGGACUGGCGCUACAUAUGACAAGAGCAUUUCAUGCAUCGCACGACAGUCAGGCUGCUAUCCCAAACAUAGGUGUGCUGCAACUCUUGUGGUUGGGUCAUCGUUCGACCUUUAUCAACGAAGUCCUGGAAGAUGUACAACAUCCGACAGAGGCCAAUCUGCGGCGAGCGGGCAUGAUAGAUGUCUGUCUUACGAAAACAAUAUCUGAUAAGGAAGAGUUUAGGAGUUCAACAGAUAGUCUCUCCUGGUGCAGUCGACUACCAUUAUGACGAUGGUAUAUAAUUUGGGUUCGAUAAUAGAAGGCUGGCGAGCUCCUGCUUAUUGAUGUUCGAGUUUCUACGUGACGCGCGUACCCGUCAUAGCCUCG